UUUUGCUUUUCUCAAAUUCUUCUAUAUUUGAAUUUCGCUCGUAAACUAAAGUUCACCGUUAUAUGUUAGUCGGCUGAGGUACACAAACGAUUAUCAUCUCGAUAGUCGUUUCUUCAAUGAAACUCGUCUUUCUGUUGUGUCAUUCGUCAGUCGAGCGAAUUUUUUCAAGAAAUUACGAAUCAUGAAAUGAUUUGUUGAGAUCACGAGAGCCUACGGGAAACAGCCACAUUUCACAACGUGUCCCGCGACAAAUGUUGACGCAGAUGCUGUUGCACCGCAACGAUUCGGCUCACCUCGGUGGGAACAGAGUAUUUUGCUCAUCGACGAAGCUCCGCUUCUUCGCUAUAGUUCGUAUCCAGAAGAAGAUUCCCUCGAUCACUUCGAAAUUUGUGCAAAGUGAACUAAAUGCUCUUUAAUUAGCCAAACAUUUUCAUUACUGAGUGAUAACCAUAGCAGUUAUAUGGUCAAAGUUAUUUUGUGUGUUCAUGGUGAGUGAAUAUGAUAUUCUGUGGAAGAAACAUAGAUUUCCGCAGCUACAGAUCGACCCCUCGUUCUAUUGCGAUAUUUGCUUAAAUAAAUACUACAAUCGGUGGCUUUAAUAAUCGUAUGCGGAAAAAAGUGAAUAACUUGUGUUCUGAUGGCGGAGCGUCGAAUAAGCCUGUUAAGGCCGAUGCCUAUGGAGCAAUUGCGCUUCUCCGGGCUAUGGCGCGGAGAAGCGUUCUACAAAACGGGCUUAGUUAAUCCGCCAGAUUUCUGCCAGACCAAGCAACAAAUUAUACUUGAGGAGUCAGGCCAUUCUGUGAAGGCAAACUGGCAAAAACUGAAAGACGAAUUAAGUGAACAAGUUCGGGCACUUCCACAAUCAGAGAUCACAAAAUCCCUUCGAGAAUUGCAGGUUCUCUGUCAGGAAGCAUUGGGUGACGUCGACGAAGCCACGUGCCAGGCCGCCGCAAUUCAACUGCUGACUAUAUUUGCGGAAAAUCAAGGAGUUCUUCGUAAUGAGGACUUAAUCGCGGUCACAUGCUCAGUGGCACCCAUUUCGAGAAACAUUCUUGAGCGUAUCUUUGAACAUGUUAUGUUAAUGCGCGAUGCCUUUGGCGAGGUACUGGGUUCUGUUGUGCAAAGCGUGUCAAAAGAAGAAAAAGGGAACGCGUUCUUAAAGGAAGUAAAGGAUUUAAAGUUUUUCCGAAUGCAAUGUUCUCCCAGUUGGCUUCGGAAAGAUUUCGCUUUUGUGUUCAGAAAGCCGGUCCAGGAUGUCGAAAGAAAAUUGCACUUUAACGAUAUUGUUCAGAAAACUAACGAACAAUCCGGUAGGUUAGCGCGCAGAACCACUGACUAUAUUGAUGCGGGUUGGCUUGAAGACAAGGUUCGCAGUUACAUGAAAACUCGCGUACGUGCUAGCGAUAUGUCACCUGAAGAGAUUGUUGAAAUUAUAAUGGUUCGACUCGAAUCCAACAACCAAGAUGAUGUGGUAUCAGCUGAUCUAUUCGAAAUGCUCGGAAUUGGUUACUUUGACUUGAUCUCGGAGGUGAUUAAGGAGCGCAUUUCGAUUGUGAAGGCUGCGACGAAGAACGCGGUCCUUGGGGUUGCUGUUGCGCGAAACGACAAAUCAGUAGGAUUAGCCCGACAGUACAAUAACCCUCUUGGAGAGACUGUGUCUGUCGACCUCGUAAGUAAUAUUAAGAUAAAGAAGAUGAUGGCAAAAGAAGAGAAAAAGCUUCAAAAGGUGGUAGCUAACGGUGAUAGUGAUGAUCUAACGAUAAAUGAACUACGAAAACUUAAACAAAUGGAAUUAACUGAACGUUACGGUGCGAGAUCAGGACGAUCCUCUUCAAAUGGGGUGUACAUUGGCCAAAACACGACGAUGGAGGAAACGAUGCCUAACGUUUAUGAUUGCAUGCGUUACUUACGAAGCACAAAAGUGUUCGUAGGCGGUUUGAAUCUUGUUCUCCCAGAAGGUUGCCAGCAGAUCGUCAAACCCUACUACGAUGAGAUACAUAUACCUGUUAAAAAUCACAGUCCACCGAAGGUGUGCCCCCUAAUAUCCAUAUGUUCUUUGGACGAAAUCUUACAGAUGGCCUUUCCAAAUACAGAACACCUAAAUCUUAUACAAAGUGCAGUUUAUCCAGUUGCCUAUAAACUGAACGAUAAUAUGUUGAUCUGUGCACCCACCGGAGCCGGUAAAACGAAUGUAGCCAUGCUGACGAUUAUGCGCCUAGUACGAAUGUACAUUGAUGAAACGAUCAAUCGUGUGUCGAACGACUUCAAAAUAGUUUAUAUUGCCCCCAUGAAGGCAUUAGCUGGCGAAAUGGUGUCAAAUUUUGCUCGAAGGCUCUCUCCAUUUGGAGUUAUUGUUAGGGAGCUAACUGGAGACAUGCAACUGACUAAAAUGGAAAUGACGAAAACUCACAUGCUGAUUACGACUCCAGAGAAGUGGGAUGUGGUCACAAGGAAAGGUUCUGGAGACGCGCAGGUCUUACAGAUGGUUAGGUUGCUGAUUCUCGAUGAGGUUCACUUACUGCAUAGUGAUCGCGGUCCGGUACUUGAAGCUCUCGUAGCCCGCACCCUUCGCCAGGUGGAAAGUAUGCAGUCCAUGAUUCGUAUUAUUGGUUUGUCCGCUACAUUACCGAACUAUGUGGACGUAGCGAAUUUUCUGCGAGUAAACACAGCAAGAGGACUGUUCUAUUUCGACCAUCGUUUUAGACCUGUACCCUUAUCGCAAACCUUCAUUGGUAUCAAAGGCCGCAAAAAAACGGAGCAAGUCCAGCGUAUGGAUGAGGUUGCUUUUGAAAAGGCUUUCGAAAUAGUCAAGAACGGCAAUCAAGUUAUGGUCUUCGUCCAUUCGCGGAACAAUACUCUUCGAUCAGCCGAAGUGAUGAUGCAAAUUGCCACCGAGCAUGGUAAACUUGAGUACUUUUUGCGGAGUAAACAUCCACAGUAUAAAAUUUUUGAGAAACAGCUACAAAGUUCGCGAAAUAUGAAGCUACAACAGAUAUUUGCGUCCGGGAUGGGCAUGCACCACGCAGGGAUGGUUCGACAGGAUCGAAACUUCGUUGAAAAAGCUUUCUCGGCAGGCGUUAUUUCAGUACUAUUCUGUACGUCUACUCUUGCCUGGGGCGUGAACUUGCCCGCCAACUGUGUCAUCAUUAAAGGUACCGACAUCUAUGAUUCACAAAAAGGCUCCUUUGUAGACCUCAACAUUCUAGAUGUGCAGCAGAUUUUUGGCCGAGCUGGUCGUCCUCAAUUUCAGCAAAAUGGCGAGGCUGUGAUCAUUACGCAUCAUGCUAAAAUGAGCAAUUACAUCUCGCUGAUGACUAAUCAAACUACAAUUGAAAGUAAAUUUCACGAAAAUUUAGUUGACAAUUUGAUUGCCGAAAUUGUUCUUGGCACAGUUACUACAGUGGAUGAAGCCGUGGAUUGGCUAAGCUAUACGUAUCUUAUGGUACGUAUGAAGAAGAAUCCGCUCGUCUAUGGAAUCACGCUUAAGGUUGUGUCUAAAGAUCCAAACUUGAUCAAUUACCGUCGGGAGCUCAUUAUUGCCGCCGCCAAGAAAUUAGACUUAGCUAAAAUGAUACGAUACCAUGAAAAAUCGGGAAGUUUCGAUGCGACAGACCUGGGCCGCACUGCGUCCUGUUUCUACAUUAAAUAUGAGACAGUACUUAGAAUCAACGAAUGGUUUGAGCGUCGUAUAUCGCCAAUGCAGGAUGGUGACGUCCUAGAGAUAAUCAGCUACGCGCAGGAAUUUGACCAAUUACAACUGCGGGAAGACGAAUGCCACGAGCUUCAAAUAAUGGAAAGAAACUGCAAACUGCCUCUAAGACAGGGUGUACACGGUACGAAAGUAAAUACCCUGAUUCAAAAUUAUAUAUCGAGGGGCAAUGUGGAGACGUUCUCGUUGGUGUCGGACUCAAAUUACAUUGCUCAGAACGCCACCAGAAUUGCCCGUGGUUUGUUCGAGAUGGCGCUUCGAAAGGGAAACUCACUUGCUGCGUGGCGUUUUUUGAUGAAUGCAAAAAUGCUUGAGCGUCAAAUCUGGCACUUUGAUAGCCCACUCCGUCAGUUCCCCGGUGUAACAGAGAAAACACUUCAAAUGUUAAAGGAAAAGCAUGCAACCAUCUCGCACCUUAGAAAUAUGACUUCGGACGAAGUUGGACAGCUUGUUUAUAAUAAGUCACAAGGACGCCUUAUCCAUCAAUUUGCACAAAAUGUGCCGUUUAUAGAAGUUGAGUGUUCAGUACAACCAAUAACUCGUACGGUGCUGAGAGUUUCGCUCAAUAUUAUGCCGGCAUUUGUUUGGGAUGACCAUUUCCACCACAACGCUGAAGCGUUUUGGAUCUGGGUGGAAGACCCAGAGAGUGAGAACAUCACACACUCGGAAUAUUUGGUCCUCAAAAAGAAGCAGAUUGUGAAUGCAGAACCACAGAACCUUGUCUUUCCGAUUCCUGUGAGUGAUCCUUUACCUUCACAGUAUCUGAUCCACGUCGAUUCUGAUAGGUGGCUGGGCUCCGAUGACGAGAUCCCUAUGCCGUUUGAGCAUCUGAUUCUGCCAAGCGUCUACAUGCCGCAUACGGAACUGCUCGACCUUCAGCCGUUGCCAAAGACGGCUUUGAAAAAUGAGCUCUUUGAGUCACUCUACCAUUUCACGCAUUUCAACCCGAUUCAAACGCAGCUGUUUCAUACGUUAUACCAUACUGACCAUAACGUGCUUCUGGGUGCGCCUACAGGAUCAGGUAAGACUAUCACUGCGGAAAUAGCAAUGUUCCGCGUUUUCAACAUGGAAAAACACCGCAAAGUUGUAUAUAUAGCUCCUCUCAAAAGUUUGAUAAAAGAACGCGUCAACGAUUGGAAUAAACGGUUAGUGGGCCAACUUGGCUUAAACAUGGCCGAGUUGACCGGAGACGUCACCCCGGAUUUCCGGACGAUUGCAAAUGCUGAUAUUAUUGUCACCACGCCAGAAAAGUGGGACGGAGUAUCCCGUUCGUGGCAAACGCGACGCUACGUACAAAAUGUGGCUCUCAUUGUGAUUGACGAGAUUCAUCUUCUCGGCGAAGACCGAGGCCCGGUCCUUGAAGUGAUCGUAUCGCGAACGAACUUCAUUAACACUUUCACUGGGAAUAAAGUGCGUAUUAUAGGCCUGUCCACUGCGCUGGCAAACGCGCGUGAUCUGGGCGACUGGUUGCAGAUUAGUGAGGAAGGUCUUUUCAACUUCAAGCCAUCAGUGAGACCAGUGCAGCUCGAAGUGCAUGUGUCAGGUCAUCCGGGCAAACACUAUUGCCCACGUAUGGCGAUUAUGAAUCAGCCCGCAUACAAGGCAAUCCUACAGCAUUCGCCUAAUCAGCCAGUGCUGAUCUUCGUGUCAUCCCGUAGGCAGACUCGAUUAACAGCGCAGGCUCUCCGAACAUCUGUCGUCAAUAGCGAGAACCCACAAAAGUGGUUGCGAAUGACUGUCAUUGAUAUGCAGCAUAUUCAGAAUCAGAUUCGAGAUAAAGACCUACGCGAUUUGCUUGGCUUUGGUAUAGGAAUGCAUCACGCCGGGCUGCAGGAGGAGGAUCGUCGGCUCGUCGAAGAACUUUUUCUCAACAACAAGAUUCAAGUGUUGAUAGCGACGGCCACGUUAGCGUGGGGUGUCAACCUACCCGCUCAUCUUGUCAUUGUGAAAGGCACGGAAUAUUUCGACGCCAAAACCAAUACUUAUGUCGAUUACCCGAUUACAGACGUUUUGCAAAUGAUCGGUAGAGCAGGGCGGCCACAGUUCGAUACCAGUGGAGUUGCCGUUGUACUGGUACAUGACCAAAAAAAGAACUUCUACCAGAAGUUUCUCUACGAACCGUUCCCAGUAGAGAGUUCUCUUCUAAAAGUUCUUCCAGAUCAUUUAAACGCUGAAAUUGUGGCAGGAACUCUGUCCACUACUCAAGACUGCAUUGAAUAUAUGACUUGGACAUUUUUCUUCAGGCGUUUGUUGCUUAAUCCCAGUUACUAUGGUUUGGAGGAUACUACAAAUGAAAGCGUUAACAAGUUUCUAUCGAAUCUCAUUACCGAUGCACUAAUCAAACUGGUUCUUUCGCAUUGCAUUGAGAUCGAAGAAGACGAGCGCACAUUGGUGCCUACGCCCCUUGCAAAGAUCGCGUCCUACUAUUAUCUUUCACAUGAAACUGCGAAAUUCCUUCAUGAAACGCUGAAACGCAACUGCACGUACCUGCAACUGCUCGAAAUACUAUGUGAUUGCAAGGAGUUUGCGGAGUUACCUGUUCGACACAACGAAGAUAAGGAAAAUGCAGAAUUGGCUAGAGACUGUCGCUGGGGUCACUAUCGUAAAAGCUACGGAAGUCCACAUACAAAAGCGUUCCUGUUAUUACAGGCGCACAUGGAGCACUGCCGAUUGCCGUGUUCAGACUACGGGCUUGAUCUCAAAUCCGUUCUUGAUCAGGUUCCAAGGGUUAUCCAAGCUCAGAUAGAUAUUCUUACAGCCCGAGGUUAUUUGUCAUCUGUGUUGAACUGUAUAACGCUGAUUCAGACUAUAACGCAAGCGCGAUUCCAUGAUCUUGACGAUCCUCUUCAAACGUUACCGGAAAUUAGGCGCGAACACCUGUACAUGUUCCAUAAAGCCGAUGUGUCUACCCUGGCCGAAGCCAUCCACAAGGUGCGCACGAGGGAAGGUUUUGUAAAUCUUCAAAAGUCUCUACAAUCGGAGUUUGAUCCCGAGUACGUUAAGACAGUUUUAGCAAUCUGUAAAGAGCUUCCAUCAAUAGUAUUAAGAAUCUUCCUCGAUGGCCCAGGUUGUCAGUCUCUGCAAAUAAAAAAUAGACCUUUACAAGGCCCUGUGCCAGAAGAUUACUAUAUUAAGGUCAAGCCAGGUGAGGAGUACUUAGUGAGCGUUGAGCUGACUCGACUCAACUCUAAACCGGGCCAGCGUGGCGUCCCGAAAGCAGCAAUGCAGUCACGGACGCUAAAGUGGAAAAAUGAAAACUGGUUUAUCAUCUUAGGACAUAAAGAUAGUGGCGAAUUAUACUCUCUGAAAAGACUAUCAGGCUUCUACCACACGAUGACUCACCAAUUGAUAUUCAGGGUGCCGGAGAGUAUAAAUCAGCGGAUCAUUCUCACCGUAUUCGUUGCAUCCGACACCUACCUUGGACUCGAUCAGGAAUACAAUUUGUAUCUCGAACCAGAAAGAUAGCUAGGCCUAACAAGGUUUAAGAAAUGAAAAUUGGAUAAAGUUAACUGACAAUUUUGAAAGUGCUAUACAAAUGCUAAGAGAGUUGCCCGGCAGAACCAAUUAGUGAGGGUUCGUAAAUGCUUGUAAAUGAAAUGGUCGCCCAUCUGUAGCUUAUAUCUUUGCAAUAAAUGUUAAAUAUGAACGUU